GGUAAAGGAAGCAACCCAACGGUGUAGAAGUUUGGGUCUACAAACAGAGUUUCGACAUUCGCAAGUACUUGACGAAUUUGGCAUAUUCCACACCAUCGUGAUGCUACGUGAUAGGACCCUUCGUCGUAAAGCCGAAUGGCCUAUUGCCAGACUAGGAGUCUGGCUUGAUAUGGUGCGUAAUAGCGAAGACUUGACAGCUGAAAAUGUGUUUAAUUGUGUGGAUAUGAAUUGGGAGCCAUUAGAAAAUGAUGAAAACACAACAUUAAAUGAUUCGCUCAACUCGAGUCGAAUUUCAUUAAAUUUAAGCAUUGUUAAAGAUGCUUUAUUGAAAAAGCCGCUAAAGAAAUUGCAGUUAUUUGAUACUUCUUCACAUUCUCCUUCACAUAUCGGUCCGCCGUCUUUAGUAAAACGACAAAGUUUUGUUCAGUCGCCGCUAACAGGAAGAUUUAUAACGAAAAAAGUCUUAAACUAUGAUGAUUGUGUUGAAUCGUCACCAGCUCGUAAACCAAAUACAUCCGAUAAUAUAAUUUCACCUGCUGCUGUAAAUUCUAGUAAUUUAAAUGCUGAUUUUACCGGUUUAGCAUUAACGCAUCUGCACAGCAUGGAGUGCUCAGCUUCACGCCUAAGAUUGCUCUGUAAUCGGUAUAGAAAUGAAGGGGAAAAUGUACCCAACAAAAACUUUGAAGAGCAGCAAACAUUUUUGCAGGAGUCACUAUAUGAACUGGAAAAAAUACUGCAUGGAAUGCGCUGCUCUCUUAGUCGGAGUGAGCCAAGUGAAGGCAACGAGAUGACGACAUCCGAAAUGCAAAAAGUAGUUCGAUUUCUUAUAGAUUAGUAUAGUCAAUUAUUUUUUAUAUUAUUGUUGUUUUUACUACUAAAAACUUUAUAUUAUUUCAGUUGC